GUCUCUAGAACCUACCAAUGAAGGGCGCGCCCAACUUUAAAGACCUUGGAAAACCCCAGCAGAAGGCUGCCAUUGACGCCUGCUAAAACCCUAGCGACUCUUAAACCCUCUCCUCCUUGGUCGCUGCGUCGAUCGUCUCACCAUGGCGACAUCGCUGCUUCUGCAAACCUUGAGGCGCCGCGAGCUCCAUUCCUCUUCUUUAGCUGCUUUUAGAUCCUUGACCAACAAUGGCAAGACCUCAUUGGCCACCUCCCCCUUAGGUCAUAAAUUGGCAUGUCUGGCAAGACCUUUUAGCACAAGGCCUCCAGGGAAUGAUGUUAUUGGUAUUGACUUGGGUACCACUAAUUCUUGUGUUGCAGUUAUGGAGGGAAAGAAUGCUAAGGUGAUUGAGAACUCUGAAGGAGCAAGGACGACACCAUCAGUGGUCGCCUUCAAUCAAAAAGGAGAACUACUUGUAGGAACCCCUGCCAAACGUCAAGCAGUUACCAAUCCAGGAAACACAUUUUUUGGGACCAAACGUCUGAUAGGGAGACGUUUUGAUGAUCAUCAGACUCAGAAAGAAAUGAAGAUGGUCCCAUAUAAGAUAGUGAAAGCUCCCAAUGGUGAUGCCUGGGUUGAGGCAAAUGGACAGCAGUAUUCUGCAAGCCAGAUCGGGGCAUUUGUUCUUACUAAAAUGAAAGAAACUGCAGAGUCUUACCUUGGGAAAACUGUGUCCAAGGCAGUCAUUACUGUCCCAGCUUACUUUAAUGAUGCACAAAGACAGGCAACAAAGGAUGCUGGGAGGAUAGCAGGCCUAGAUGUACAGAGAAUUAUCAAUGAACCAACUGCGGCUGCACUUUCAUAUGGGUUAAAUAACAAGGAAGGUCUCAUUGCUGUUUUUGAUCUUGGAGGUGGAACUUUUGAUGUUUCAAUUCUGGAAAUAUCUAAUGGCGUCUUUGAGGUAAAAGCAACAAACGGAGACACCUUUUUAGGAGGUGAGGACUUUGACAAUGCACUACUAGAAUUCUUGGUUAGUGAAUACAAGAGAACAGAGGGGAUUGAUCUCUCGAAGGACAAGUUGGCACUACAGAGGCUUCGUGAAGCGGCUGAGAAAGCCAAGAUAGAAUUGUCAUCAACAUCUCAAACUGAGAUCAACCUGCCAUUUAUAACUGCUGAUGCUUCUGGGGCCAAACAUUUGAAUAUAACCCUUACCAGAUCAAAAUUCGAGAGUUUGGUGGAUCACUUGAUUGAGAGGACAAGAAACCCAUGUAAGAAUUGUUUGAAGGAUGCAGGGAUAUCCAUCAAGGAAGUGGAUGAAGUUCUUCUUGUUGGUGGGAUGACCCGUGUACCUAAGGUACAAGAAAUAGUUGGAGGGAUCUUUGGGAAGAGCCCAAGCAAGGGAGUUAAUCCUGAUGAGGCAGUUGCAAUGGGUGCUGCAAUUCAGGGUGGCAUUCUUCGUGGAGAUGUUAAGGAGCUGCUUUUGUUGGAUGUAACUCCUUUAUCACUUGGCAUUGAAACUCUUGGUGGUAUCUUCACUAGGUUGAUCAAUAGAAACACUACCAUCCCAACAAAAAAAUCGCAGGUUUUCUCCACGGCAGCUGACAACCAAACUCAAGUGGGAGUCAAAGUGCUUCAAGGUGAGCGUGAAAUGGCAGCUGACAACAAGCUUCUAGGUGAGUUUGAGCUUAUGGGUAUUCCACCUGCCCCAAGGGGCAUGCCACAAAUUGAGGUGACAUUCGAUAUUGAUGCCAAUGGGAUUGUUACUGUUUCUGCCAAGGAUAAGGCAACUAGUAAGGAACAACAGAUUACAAUCCGAUCAUCUGGAGGUCUCUCAGAAGAUGAAAUAGAUAAGAUGGUAAAGGAAGCCGAGCUGCAUGCCCAGAGGGACCAGGAGAAGAAAUCUUUGAUCGACCUCAAAAACAACGCUGACACAACCAUUUACAGCAUUGAGAAGAGCCUGAAUGAGUACAAGGACAAGAUUCCUGCUGAGGUUGCAGCAGAGAUUGAGUCUGCCGUGGCGGAUCUGAGGAAGGCAAUGACCAAUGAGAAUAUUGACGAGAUAAAGGCAAAGCUGGAAGCUGCAAAUAAGGCUGUCUCGAAGAUAGGACAGCAUAUGAGCCAAAACUCUGGCAGCAGCUCCUCCUCGGAAGGAGGGUCCCAGGGUGGCAGUGAUCAAGCACCGGAAGCAGAAUACGAGGAGGUCAAGAAGUAGAGAGGCUGGGUCAAUCCGCUGACACAGAAAAUUAUGAUUUUUUUUUUUAAAUUCCAUUCAUUACCAAAGGAUUAUGCUACCAUCAAAAGUUUAUUUGUAAGUUUGUAACACAAUUGGAUUGGUCUUGAAUUUAAAUUAUUGAAUAACUUUUGGGCUAAUGUUAUUCGGAAAGCUUGCAACAACAAA